GGUCGGGGGUGCGCGACGCCGCCAGGCACGGCUCCACCUGCCUGCAGUACAACAUGCUGAAUAACAACAUCAUGGAGGGCCAGGAGGACUGCCUGUUCGUCAACGUGUACUCGCCCCGGCUGCCAGUCAGUGACGGCGAGCCCGGUCUGCCCGUCAUGGUGUGGAUCCAUGAAGGAGCCUUUAUCAGCGGCUCUGGCGACGCCGAUCUCCACGGCGUCGACUUCCUGAUGGACGAGGACGUCGUGGUCGUCACCUUGAACUACCGACUCGGUGUGUUCGGCUUCUUCACCACGGACGACGCGGCGGCGCCGGGCAACAUCGGCCUGCUGGACCAGGUGCUGGCGCUGCAGUGGGUGCGCAACAACAUCGCCCGCUUCGGCGGCGACCCGCAGCUGGUGACGGUGUUCGGCGAGUCGGCCGGCGGCGCCAGCGUCUCGCUGCAGGUGAUCAGCCCGCUGUCAGGCCGGCCUCUUCCACCGGGGCCAGUCAGCCAGUCGGGCAGCGCCUCGGCCUUCUGGGCGCUGGGCGACCGUCAGCGGUCCCUGGCGCUUCACUUCGCUGCUGAGCUCGGCUGUCCGUCCGAAGACAGCUGGGCCGUGGUGGAGUGCGUGCGUCACGCACCGGCGGCCGACAUCAUGCGAGUGCUGGAGUCUCUGGGUCCCUACGGCGCACUGGUGGAGGGUGGGUGGAACCUGUUCCGUCCGCGUGUCGACCGCGAGUCGACGUCACCGUUCCUGCCAGACCAGCCGAACGUGCUGCUGCAGCGUGGCCAGUUCAGCCGCGUGCCCUGGAUGAUAGGCUGCAACCAGGACGAAGGCGUGGGGAUUGUCGGCAUCAUUUCUCCGACCAGACGUGCUGAAGCGAGCUCAGGCGGGGGACGCUGAGGCCUGGACGUCGGA